CUGAUUUAUUUCUUUUCCUUUGAAACACAUCUCUCUCUCUUUUUUUUUUUCUAAACCCUUAAAAGCGAAUUUAUUUCUCUCUUUCUUUUUUAUUAUAUAGCAAUGAGGAUUUCUAUAUUGGUUUUUCUUGGGUGGAUAUCGUUUUGUUUUGCGUGCGAUGCUCCCAAAGUAGAUGAACCAUCAGACAUGAAAGGAGGACUGAUGUCGGGGUUCACCAUAGCGACAGCGUAUUUAGCCGGCACAGGCCCUGUCGCCGCGUUAGGAGUUGCUGUGGUAGGCCUUAUUAUCGAUAGUUUCCUUUCAUCUGCCAAGUCGAAUGACCAAUCUCUCGCACGACUAGCCAACCAACUUCGUGAAGAAAUGGACAAUAAGAUAGAUAGCGCAAUUGUGGGCACCUUUCAAGGCCAAUUAACAGCGGUUAAAGGUAUGCUGGAUGAAUACAAGCAAGAUUAUGGUUUGUGGAUAGAAAAUAAGAUGCCGGUGGGAGCCAACGAUAAAUGGUUGACACCGUACUACCAAAAUAAGGUCAAUAAUAUCGAACAACAUAUUAAUGUUAUUAUGGGCAACAUGGAUCGAAACUAUUUGGGGCUACCUAUGUUUGCAAUCAUGGCUACCUCUCAUUUAAGUAUUCUACGCGAUGCUGCCGUCAUAGGGAAUGAUCAUCUCGGGAUUACGAAAUACAAUUAUCGACAGAUGUUUACAUCAUAUCUUAACAAAUAUGUGGCGCUGUUGACCACGGUGUAUGAUACUAAACGUAACUCACUGAUGCAGCAAAAUAUGGUGGAAAAACAACUUACCUUUGAAACAGCCAUUAUCACCAAUGCCUGGGAUGUCGCCGCCAAAUGGAGCAUGUUGAUUCCAGACAAUGGUAUCUCUCUGGACAUCUUUUACACGAGACCCGUUUAUUCGAAAAACACAAAAUGUGGAUUGGGACGAUGUAAACUAAGUUCGGCGAUAGUGGAAACGAGCAAAAACAAAGACCCUCAGUACAGAGGGGUGAUGAAGAAUUUGCAAUAUACGACAACGACGUACCGUAAAUAUGAUCCUAAAUUUGAAAGUGAUAAUCCAGCACCGCCGGUAUUGAACUCAUUUACCUCAGAGUAUACGGGACCCGCAAUAAUCGAUGCCACCAAAAACAUCACCGUAUCCUAUGUGAGUGUUCAUGAUAAUUUUUUGGAUAGCUAUUAUCAAUACAACGGUGCAGCUGGGAUCCUUACAUGUGCCAACGCCUGUCCGGGGAUCAUGUCGACACUAACGAUUGGGGGAAAGACACUGGGUAGUAAAGUCACGAAUAAAUGUGGUCCUGCAUAUACGGAUGAUAUCAUGGCCCCGCCCGCACAACAUGGUCUAUCUCGUAUUCUUGCCGCCGGUCAGGAAGCUUCGUGGUUUUUCGAAUAUCGUAAGAACGAUAACAAAGCCGCGUUUCCAACGGAUCGGGAACAAGCGAUCCGAUUCCCUGGAGAAUACAUCUUUGAUCCGAAAACUACAACGAUUGGUGAACUCAAUUAUUUACUCGGAGGACGAACUCUUCAUAUUAGUACAACUGCUACAUUUCAAAUGCCUCCUCGUAAUCAAGGAUUCAUCUACCGAGUACGUUUCUAUGUAAAAAGUCCUAUCAAUGUUCAAAACUGUGAUCUGAAAAAACAAACGUUUCAAUUUGCCGGAUUUGAUCUUUACGAAUGCGACUAUUCAGGUGUGUCUGUUACGAUAAAUGGUCCAGCGGAUCUCGGAGCAAUUGAAGUGAUUCAAAAGAAAGAACAAUGGUUUGGCGAAAGUUGCGAUACUGAUAAAGAUUGUUAUCACGAUCUUCGGUGCUUGAAUUACAAAGAUCCCAACGGAAACGCAGGUAAAAUGUGUGCUAAAUUUUGGACAUACACACGGCUAUGCGCGCCUACACAAACGGGUAGAGGUAUGAGAGAUGUACGCAAUUUUAUCUUUGGGAACGGAGAAAAGAAAACGACUAAUUGCAAGAAAUCUAACGAAUUAAUCACGGUACCUGGAGCUUAUCCCGCGCAAUGUUGUUCAGGUACUGCACGUGUAUUAGUUGAGUCGAAUCCGAAUAUUGCCCAAAAAUGGUGUGAACUUAGAUGCAUAUGAAAUAAUAAUGUUGAAUAUUCGUAUGAAAUAAA